GAUGACUUCGCUUCAGAAGCUAACACUUUCUGAAAAAAUGCUGACAAAUCUUCCCAGUCGGAAAAAGGUUAACUUCCUAGAUAUGUCUCUAGAUGAAAUUAUAAUCUAUAAAAAGUUAGAAAAGACAAAUACUGAAAUAGAAAAAAAGAAUAAAAGACAGAUUCAUAGUAAAAAGGAUUCACCUUCAAGACAGCAAUCAAAUGGUCACGGACAUCGCCAUCAGAGAGGCUACUCAAGAUUCAGAAGCAGCUCUGAGGAAGGAAAUCAUGACAAAAAACCAUCCCAAGAACCUUCUGGAUUGAAGUCUGGACAACACCCUUUAAAUAGGCAGCCUUUAUUUGAGCAGGAGAAGUGCAAUGACAAUUAUAAGGCCUACGCAGAGAAGAAUCAAGGCCAAUCAGAGGGGAACCAGCAUCAAUCAGAAGGAAAUCUGGACAAAUCAGAAGGAUCUCAGGGCCAAGAAGAAGAAAAUCAUCAUUCUGAGCAACCCCGAUACCAUUUAAAGAGAUCUCAUUGUCAAUCAGGGAAAUCUCAAGGGCAACUAAAGAGAUCUCAUAGCCAAUCUGGGAGAUCUCAUGGCCAAUCUAAGAGAUCUUGUGUUCAUACAGAGAGAUCUCAUAGCCACUCAGAGAGAUCUCGUGGUCACUCAGAGAGAUCUCAUGGUCACUCAAAGAGAUCUCAUAGCCACUCAGAGAGAUCUCGUGGUACUCAGAGAGAUCUCAUGGCCAAUCAGAGAGACCUCAUGGUCACUCAGAGAGAUCUCAUAGUCACACAGAGAGAUCUCGUGGCCAAGCAGAGAGAUCUCAUGGUCACUCAGAGAGAUCUCGUCACUCAAAGAGAUCUCGUCACUCAAAGAGAUCUCAUAGACUCACAGAGAUCUCAUGGUCACUCACAGAGAUUUUGUGGUCACUCAAAGAGAGCUAAUAACCACUCAGAGAGAUCUCAUGGUCACUCACAGAGAUCUCAUAGCCACUCAGAGAGAUCUCAUGGCCAAUCAGAGAGAUCUAAUGGUCGCUCAAAGAGAUAUCAUAGCCACUCAGAGAAAUCUUGUGACCAAUCAGAGAGAUCUCAUGGCCAAUCAGAGAGAUCUCAUGGUCACUCAAAGAGAUCUAGCCACUCAGAGAGAUCUCAUGGCCAAUCAGAGAGAUCUCGUGGUCACUCAAAGAGAUUUCAUAGCCACUCAGAGAGACCUCAUUGUCACUCAGAGAGAUCUCGUAGUCACGCAGAGAGAUCUUGUGGCCAAUCAGAGAGAUCUCAUAGUCACUUAAAGAUAUCUCAUAUCCACUCAGAGAGACCUCAUGGUCACUCAGAGAGAUCUCGUGGCCAAAAAGAGAGAUCUCAUAGUCGCUCAAAGAUAUCUCAUAGCCACUCAGAGAGAUCUUGUGGUCACCCAGGGAGAUCUCGUAGCCCCUCAGAGAGAUCUUGUGAUCAAUCAGAGAAAUCUCAUGGUCACUCAGAGAGAUCUCAUAGCUACUCAGAGAGAUCCCAUGGUCUCUCAGAGAGAUCUCAUGGUCACUCAGAAAGAUCUCGUAGCUACUCACAGAGCUCUCAUAGCCACUCAGAGAGAUCUCAUAGCCACUCAGAGAUCUCAUAG